AUGUCCCAACAGCCGUUUCCAUCACGCCCGUUGUAUGAGCAAGUUCAUCAUAAUGCCAACCAACAUCCGCAAGGCCAAUUUAAUUCGGUGAACGGAUACGAGGGUGAGCAGUUCAGAGCACACACGAAUCCAAAUCACUCAAUUCCGACUCAACAUGAUUAUCAGGAUUCAACGAUGAAGUACGGAAAUAAUAAUAACAACUACAAUGGUGGACUUAUGCCAAAUCAACAACAUCAUGGAAAUGAUGAAACAACCAAAAUGAUGAUAAAUUAUGAUUCAAUGAUGAACUACGGAGCUUCAAUCGGCGGAUCUGUUAUUUCUCAGCCAUCACCCUUUGGAUUUCAAUUUCCAUAUAAUGGAUACUUUGGAAUUCCAAAUUUCCCAAAUUCGGGAGUGCAUGCGUAUUUUGGCUAUUACAAUAAUUAUCAUCCCAAUAAUAAUUAUUAUCAAUUGUCACAGCCACCUGCUACAUCAGCGAAAGACAUUGAGAAUGCAUUGAAAUCAUUACUCUUGGGAGAGAAAAAAGUCAGAAAGUGA